UUAGUUUGAAGAUUUAAUAUUUUUUUUAUACAUUUUUUUCUCUGUAUAAUAAUGUGCGACGAGGUAAAUCAAGAUUUUAAAAAUCAGGAAUACAAACCUGACUCAUCGAUACUGUUUCCGGACCAUCCUUUGUUAGAAAAAUUUCAAGGAGCUCUCAAGGAACACCUUCUCAAUCUAAUAGAUAGAGCCAAUGGAGAAAUCAACGAAAUAGAAAUUGAACUAACGAAAAAAAAUGUGGAAUUGGAGACAUACGGCCUUCAAGUGUAUGAACAACAACAAAUCGUUUGUAACAAACAAGAAACUUUAGGAAAGUUAAUACAGAAUGUUAAAAUUCUGAGGGAAAAAUGUGAACAGGAAGAAGAAGAAUUGGAACGAAAUACCCAAAUUCUGAAAGAUAUCGAUGAAAAACUGUUUGAUACUCGAAAAACCGCAAGAGAACUUUUUAACGAAAUCGAAUCGGUUAAAAAAAUUAAUAACAGUUUAGAAGAUGUCGAAAAUAGUAUUGAAGGACAUCUCAAGGUGAACAAAACAAUCGCUUCCAAACGGAGAGAAGACAACGAAACGCUUUCCAAGAAAAAAAGGUACCAGGAUUAUUUGAUGCAUUCGUUGAUAACGGAAUUGUGGAAAUUGGAAGGCGAAAUGGAAACAUUGGAACUUUCCGCCGAAGUGAAAAGAGAAUAUAUUGACGAUUUGGAGGAACAAAUAGCCGUAGGAAAUACGACGAUUUCUGCUUUGGAAACGGAGUAUAAAUGUCUGUUGCAAUCGUGGAACGCGGCCGUCGUAACCAUAGGUCACCGGGAUGGGAAAUUGGAAAAAGUACAAAAAAAAUUAACAGAUCUUAGAGACAUACAUAAGAAUUUGUCGUCGGAAAUAGAUUCCGUUCGUAAACAGAUAAAGCAAACUUUGGUGGAAAACGACGAUUUGACGGCGUUCCGUACAAACGUACAAAAAGAAAAAGAGAGAAGCGAACAAAUGUACCAAAAAGAGCUCGUCAAAAAAGAAGAAUUGUUGAGGGACAUGGCGCGACUCGAACAAAUUAUCAACGAAACCGAAAAAGACAUCAAGAAAGUACGAGAAGAAAAUAAACCGAGCGAAUCGAAAUACGAGAAAUUACAAAGGGAAAUAGACAGAUUGGUAGAGAAAAAAAAUACGCUGCAACGCGGUAUCGAGACUCUGUUAUUCCAAAGAACCUGCAAUAACAAUCUAACUAAAAAACAAGAGAAAAUAUACGAGGAAAUAAUGGAUAAGAGAAGAGAAGUAGAAAUCGUUUUGCAACGACUUAUAAACAGAAGUACCGAAGUUUAUACGGAAGUGGCCGAGCAAACUUUGCAAAACGAAGAACUCAAUAAUCACUUACAAGAAAUUAGAAGAGAUAUAACGGCGUUAUAUACAGAACAAGAAACAUUCAAAAAACAAUUAGAAUCGCAGGAAUAUCAGUAUAGAAAGAAGGGAACGAAAUUGAAGUUGUUAAACGAAAAAUUGCAAAAAAUGUUGAAGCAUUUGGAAGAAAACAAAGCGAAUCCAAAUCAAGAAUUGAAAUUACUCGAAUUGGCAAAAUUGGUAGAAGACCGAAAAGCAGAUAUCAAACAAUUGCAACAGAUUUGGCUUUGUGAGCAAAACGCAAUGAUAAAAUUAGCAAAGGAACGACAAGAAACAAUUAAAAUGGUGAAUUUGAAAAGGAAACAAACGUUAAUGAGCGACCAAAAAAAUAUCAGGAUAGGCGAGGAAUUGGAACAAAUCAAACGAGAAGAAGUACACGUCGAAUUAACCAUCAAAAGACAUUUGGUUAAACUGAAAAGGCUCUGCGAAGACGUUUAUAAUAAAAGGAAUCGCAAAUGCCAAUUAGAUAAGGAUAAUAUAUUUGUUAAGAAUCAAUUCGAAGAUAAAUUGAGAGACGCAGAAUUGGAAUUAUUGAGAAUUGAAUCUGAUAUAGCUCUAAUCGAAGAAAAUAAGCUGACAUUGAGUAAAGAUUUGAUAGAAAUAAAUAGAGAAGCUCUAGCUUGGGAAUCGAAAUCCAAAUUGGCGAAAGGAACUUUGAAAGAAUCGAAUGAAGAAAGAGAUAAAGGCGGACAAGUCAAUAUAUUGAAGACAAAGAUAAGUCAGGGUAAAAUAUUUCUUGGAGAACUCAGAAAAAGCCAAGAAAAAAUAUUGAAAGAAUUGGAAACAUGCAUAUCGAGAAGGGAAUCAAUUUUUUACAAAUCUGAAGCAAAACAGGUAGACAGCAGAUCGAAAACAAAUCAAGCCGACAUAACGAAAAUAAACGUCGGAAGAAAAAUGUCGAAUAUAAAAAAUCAAAUAAAACAAUUAAAUAACGAAAUACAAAAAAUAAAAAAACAAAUAAAAAUAUGCGAAGAAAAGAAAAAAGAGACGGAAAACAAUUUGAGCGAUAUAUCAAAACGUAUAGAAUUCGCUUCUGAAUACCAACCAAUAUUAAAGACCCAACUAGAAGAAGCGAUAACCGAUAGACAAAUCAAAUUCGAAUUUUUAGUUUACAAUCAAAAAAAAGCCGAAAUAUAUCGGUUGUUGGCGAAAAACAAAACGUCCUAUAGAAAAUACAAAAACGACGAUGAUCUACUUUACGAAUACGAAAAACAAAUAGCCAUCAAUAAGAAAUUAUCGCAAUUGGUCAAACAAUUACAAUACCAAUUCCCUAAUAAACAGCACAUAUUGAUCAGGUUAUUCCAAAGUUUGACUUUACUAUUUAUAACCCAAUUAUAACGAAAUAUAUACAAAAAUUACGACGAAACAA